AUGACUUGUGCUAGAAUGAAGGAAUUCAACAAGAAAUUCAACACUUCGUUUCAAAUUUAUAAUCCCAAAAACAGACAUUUUCAUCCCAGAGACGUUCACGAUGAAUUAGAUUGGGUUUUUUACUUACACAACAUGCAUAUCUGUCUGAUUAGAAGAAGCCAACAAAGUUUGGGAAUUCAAGAAAUAGGAGACAAUUACGAACAGGUGUGGAAAACGUGUAGAGACGAUAACGCAGUAACACAGGUUUCACCUCUCAAACUAAACGUGCUUUCAAGUAUGAGUGAUGAUGCGUUAAUCGCUUGGGAUUGCGAAACGUAUUCAGAAAAAGACACGCGAAGAGCAAUUCCUUAUGCCUGCACUUUAAUUAAUUUAGAAAAACUAAGAAAAAAGUUAGAAACGAUAAAAGAUAUAUUUCUAAAUCCUACUGAUAAUGUUCCAGAAGAAUUUUAUGAUAAACUAAUGAAUGUAGAACUAUUUGUAGGAAACGAUAACGAUGCCGUGAACAAGAAAUAUUUACUAGAUCAAAUAAACGCAAUUCAAAUAGAUAAGGACCAUGUUGAAAAUAGAAUAAAUGACGUGAAAAGAUUCAUCAGACGAAAUAUUAAAAAUCUUGUGGACGAACCCAAAUUACAACAAGAGUUAACGAGUUUGAAACGUCUUAUUCAAGUGGAUAAAACAAGUGAGUUGAUAUCUAAAUUAGACGAUAAGAUUACGAAGGAUAGAUUGAAACGAAAACUAACCGCUUUGGAAAGAAAACUUGGCGAAUUGCUAGCAGAACUAGACAAUACCGCGGACAAAACCGAGUUACAAAAUUCGAUAUCCAAUUUGAACGAAAAGAUCGCGAAGCAAAAAUCAGAUGUUCAAGAUAUAAUUAACACACUUCCCAUUGACAAAGAUACGUUGAAACAACAAUUGACUGCUUUGGAUACUAAAAUCACGGACGAAAAAGAAGUGGGUGUGAUUAAAAACUUUCUUCAAAAUAAAUUUCGAGAUUAUAUGAAAAAUUAUAUUAAAGAACAGGUCAAUCUUUUGGUAACUAGAAUUCAUGACGAUUUUUUGAGACAAGAGAGAAAGUUGAGCAAAUUAGAAGCUAUUGUCACGGACAAAUCGUAUUAUUUCAAUCUACCAUUCGAAAGUGACACUGUCUACGAUAGAAAAGACCAAAUUUAUAAAUCAAACAAAUACGGAUUCAAAGCAGAAAUAAAAGUGGGGUCACUCGCAUACGGAGAACCUAAAAACGUAUUCGAUAUCGGCGAAACGCAAGAGUUUUCUUUUCGAGGUAAUUGUCUGAUUCAAAUAGAGUUUCCCAUGAAGGUUAAAGUCAAUAAAGUAGUCUUCAAACAAACCGGUAAGGCCGUCAAACAUAUUUCAUUAUUCAAUGAUGGUAAUUUGGAAGAGAAUAUACGUUUGAUUGAUAAAAGGGAUCAGGAAAUUGAAACGAAAAAUGGUAAAUAUGUAGACACCUUUAAAAUGGAAGUAAAAAAUGAUAAGGAUAUCAUUGGAAUCAAAGAUUUGGAUAUGAUAUUGGAGACGGAAAAUCCACCAUCAACCAACAUUGACAAAAUUCCACCACGCUUACACAAACACGGAAAAAUAGAAUCGAGCAGUCACGAGUUUUUAAAACUAUAUUUCGCUUUAGGUGAAAAAUACACCUCUAUCGAUGUUCAUAAAAGUCAACAAGAACGAGAGUUUAUAGUACAUUUAACGUUUGCCGAAGGUUCCGACUCCAUCCUUCAUGCUGGUGGUUAUAUUUUUAGAGCCAAGAUAAACAUCGAAAAAGAAAAAAUAAAAUAUUCCUAUCAUCUUAAAGAUGACCAUACGAAAAAAGAAAUGUCGUUAGUACGCGUAAAUGUUUUUUACUAUUAA